AUGAAUACAACUAAGAAAAUGUCGAUUUUUGUUUUGCAACCUAAUGCUUUACAUGCUCAAUGGCAAGGAGAAAAAUUGAAUAGUGUUUUUCAAUUACUUGAAUCAAGUAAUUUUAAACCAAAUAUGAUUGAUGAAGAAACAAUGAUGAAUAUGAAAAAUUUAAAAGGAAAAAUGUUUGUUAUUGAACCAUUUUCCGGUCAAUUAUUUCAAUAUUUAAAAACCAAUAAAGCUUGGGUACUUGGUCCACAAUUAAUUACAACAUGUGUUGAUCAUAAUAUUACAAUACCAUGUAGUUCUUAUCCUCUCUAUUCACUUGCUAUGCAAUCAUUAACUAUCUGUUGUACUAAUCUUCCACAUAUUGAUCGUGAAACAAUUCGACGAUCUGUUGCUUAUAUGGGUGGUAAAUUCCAAACUAAUCUCAAUGCAAAUGUUACUCAUCUGAUUUGUGGUACUUGUGCAGCAUCAGAAAAAUAUUUUGUUGCCGUUGAAAAUGGUAUUCAAGUAAUGAUGCCUGAAUGGAUUCAAAAUGUUUUUGCACUUUCAGGACAAAAAACAGUAAAAGGAACUGAUUCAACAUUUGAUCGUUUUAAAUGUCCACUUUUCUAUAAAUUUAUUAUUUCAUUAUCGGGUUUUACUGAAAGAGAUCGUAAUACAAUUAAACAAUAUGUUGAACGAGAAGGUGCAACAUAUUCACCAAGUUUAAUUAAAGAUAAAUGUACUCAUUUAAUUUGUAAAGAACCAAAAGGUUCAAAAUUUGAACAUGCAACUAAAUGGCAAAUUCCAACACUUAAACCUGAAUGGAUAUUUGAAAGUAGUGAAAAAGGUUCAUGUCUUCGUCUAACAAAUUAUUUAUGGUCAAUACCGAAAAUUGAUUCAACUGAAAAUGAAAAACCUUUAUCGAAAGUUCUAGUUGAUUCUUCAUCAAAAAUAAUUACGACUGAUCAACAACGUAAAUCAACAUCUUUAUUGAGUACAGAAGAAAUGGCUGAUCUUGAAGAACGAUUUGAAAAAUGGAUGAAUGAUCGAUCGAAAAUAAUUAUUGAUGAUUUAUUCGAUGGUUUGAAAGUAUUCUUAGGUCAAUUUCCUGCAACACUAAGAAUGCGUUUACAAAAAAUUCUCGAUGGUGGAUGUGCUGUUCGAUUUGAUACAUUGAAUUCAUCAGUUACACAUAUUAUUCGAGGUAGUGAAUCUAUGUCAAAUUAUACACAAGUAUCUACGAUUGCACCAAAUGCUCAUAUUGUUAACCCACAAUGGUUAUUGAUUUGUUGUGAAAAAGGUGAACUUAUGCCUGAAAUUGAUUAUUUAUCAUCGUCUGAUCGAGAUGAAAAACAUGAUUCAAAUGUAAGUUCAAUGGAUGAUAAAAGAAGAAAUACGAAUUCAAGUUUAUCUACACCAUCGAUAUCAUCAUUAUCACGUCAACAAACUGGUAGUUUUAAUGUUGAUCAAACAGUACUUCAAGAUGAUACACCUCGUCUUCGUCGAACACCUGGAUCUGGUGUAUCAACACCUUCAAUUAUUCCAGAAUAUGCUCUCUCACCAUUUUCUUUAUUGAAACGUUAUUCUAAUGUACCUCGUCCACCUGUUUUUGAAGAAUCAUUAAGUGAUACACAAAUCGAUAAAAUAAGUGCACAAUUACCACCAACAGAAUCACAAAUGAAUGUUGAUAGAUUAAUGUCUGAUCUUGAUAUUUUAAUGCCAACUUUUCUUAAUCAAAAAUCAUCGAAUACGGUUUUGUCAUUAGCAUCAUCAUCUCGAACAAAUAAGAUGCCUUCACAUUCAUUUUUUCUUGCUCAACAAGCUAAAUUAGUAUCUAAAACUGAAGUAUCAUCAUCCGAAGUUAAAGUAUCAUGGGUUGAUGAUUCAACAGAAGCAGAACGUAUACGACAAUAUCAAUUGCAUAAUUUAGAUGAAAUGACACAAAUUCAUGAUGAAUAUUAA